CAUCAAGAUAGAGAUGCUUUAGCUCCUUGAGAUUCUGAACAAGCAUAAAUAUAUUUGGGUUCUCAAGUUUCAAUGAACUUUCAAGAAGGACACUUACAGAUAAAUCAAGAGUAACCAAGCUUGUCAUGCUUGAAAUCUCUAGCGAAAUUUGCCCUGUGAAGCCAGCAUUUGAGAGAUUAAGAUUGCUCAACUUUGCAAGUUUAUUGAACCCAGAAGGAAAUGUGGAGUUGAGGUGGUUAUUUGCCAAAUUUAGACUCUGGAGAUUCUGGAGAUUGAAGAGACUGCUUAAAUUGUGAACUGCAUUGGAAAUGGAUUCAUUGCUCAAAUCAAGAUCGGUAACAUGACCUCCAGCGUCACAUCUUACACCUUCCCACAUGCAGCAAUCUGUGCUUUGAUUCCAGUUCACGAGUUUAACAGAUAAAGAGGAAUUGAAGUUGAGGCUGUUCUUCAACUGAAGCAACAAUUCCCGCUGAUCACGUUGACAUUCACCUGAAACGAAAACCACAUCCAUCUGAAAGAAAACUGCUGUAAAUUGCAUCAAGAAAAGCCAUGUUAAGAGUGAAAUCCUCAUCUGCAUCGAUAUCAGGAAAUGCCCGUAUAACUCAGAAUUACAGAUAAAACAGUGCAAGAAACAAGUUCAGGAAGGUCUGCAAUAAACAUGACCCUUCCUUGUAAAGAAGUAGCCAACCAAAAAUCAUGCACGGCACCGAACGGCGACUACAGGAAGUGUAGAAUGAGAUGAAAAACUGGGAAAGGGAUAGAGAAGGGAUGGUCAGCAGUCAAAGUAAACCGCGUACGAUACAUUACCAGUACGCUUUGCUUUGGGGGUAACGUUGUAGGUUUUUGAAUAGUAGCCUUAUCUGUCGGCUUCUGUCUUCUAUAUAUGUUUUAUCCUUUUCUAGACUUUGUUCCUUAUGAAUUUUCCAACUUAAGAAAAAUCAAAACCAAUG